CUGUGUCUGAUGAUUAAAUCAUUCCAAAUUAGAAAAUCGUCAAGCCAUCGUGCAGUGUGUCAUAAAAUAGUCCAAUAUGUUAAUUAUUUUAAUUUGUGAACAAUUUUGUGUAACAAAACAGUAAUACUAAUCACAACAUUAUAUACCUUUAGGAGAGUUGUGAGAAACACGAUAUGGAACCACGCGCUUUAGAUCCAACAACUUUGUCAGUGUUGGCAUUAAAAUAUAAAAGGAUAAACGACUUGUUAAAUGUUGAACUUAGAGAAGAUUCUGAUAAAUCCAUUCUAACGAAAAAGUACUCAGCAGCUACUUUACUAAAUGAUUUAAAAACAAUGAUUACUGGCAUUUCGAAGCAAAAUCUAAUUGAGAAUGAUGUAAAUCGGCUGAAGGCUAUGCUCGCCGUAAUUCAUUUGCAUUUUGGAGACAUUUCAAGAAUUGCAGAAUAUAAUGCGACAGGCGUUCAACAUUUACAUCAAUGCUUAGAAAUUAUAAAACAUAAUGAAAUGUUGCCUGAAAUAAUACUCAUAGCAGUACAAGCAUUUCUCAAAUUAAAGAUGGUCCAUUCAGAUAUACAUGAACAAAUUGCUUAUUUAUGUAAAGCCGAGAGGUUCUGCGAUGAUUACUUUUUGGCUAAUAGAGACCAUUUUACAGCUCCGAUCAGUAUUUUAAAUUUAUUUGGCAUAUACGAAGAUAUCGACACAAUGGAGCUGCUGCGACAACAUCAAAUUAAAAUUGCAUUACUUCUCACGUCCUUGUAUACAAAGCAACACGCUAAAAUGAAGAGUGUCUUGUCGUUUCAUGGUGGACUUAAAACUAUAAUCAGUUUCAUAGAUACAUUGAAUAUUCAUGCCGUCAUGCGGGCGGGCUUCUUCCACAAUUAUUUUACGGAAAAUUGCGACAGUGAUUCCAGCUUCCUGAUUCAUAAUAAAAAUGCUGCUCUGUGGAUAUUGGAAUAUUAUGGAACAGAAUUGGAGAUUAUAUAUACUAUGGGAUGUUUUACACAGGCAAAGGAAAAAAGAUUUAGGUACAUCCUAGAAUGGAUUAGUCAUGGAAUCUCAUUAUUUUGUGUUACCACACAUAGGUUACCUCACAUUAUUCCUCAAUCACAAUGUGGGUUGUGUGCUUAUCUCAAGCAAAUAAAAAUUGACAAGGCAUACGUUGUUGCUAUGAUCAUCAUGGAAGCAUCACUUGAUAUGAGCCAUUUUCUACCUGAGAACACUAAUAUGUCUAGCAGUAAAAGUAUGAGAAAACUAUCUCAUGAUUAUCCUGAUAUUUGGACGGUUUUUCUUAAUCUACAACAGUGGCUAAGAAUUGCUAAGAUGCAAUGUAACUUUAAAAGACCAUCAUGCGACUAUAUAGCCAUCAUAUUGAGUUUCACACAGAUAAUGGCAGCCUUAACUAUCUUUGAGGAAAACAAUGAAAAUAAAAUUACAAUACAUAAAGAGAGAAUUGAAUGUUUUUUACAUUUGGAAGAAAUAGAUUAUCCUGAGGAAGUCCUGAUCUACCGAACAGUUUGGCGUGAAUUGGGAUUCACUUACAAUCAAAUGUUAGAAAUCUUGGUAAUAAGUAAUGCAUCUAUGAAUCUUAUACCUGAACCUAUUCUCUCAAAAAUAAAUCAAUAUGGAAUGCAAGCAAUAGAUUAUUAUGAAAGAUAUUUGAAUACGUAUAUUGAUAUCGAGACGCAAAAAAUGCCAGAAACCUUUCCAGACAACAAUGUAGCUUAUAUUUUAAAAGUGUACUAUUACCUAGGGAAACUUCAUUUGACUCUGUCGAAGCUCAAUAAAAAUCAAGAUCAUGAGAAUAAAUGGAAAAGUAGUGAGGCAUAUAAAAGAUUAUUAGAUUACUGUGCAAAGGUUCCAGAUGUAGUAAAAUUAAUCAAAGAUGAAAUACCAUUGCGCGAAUUAUCUGAUAUUGCAGAAGCUAGUACUUCAAGCUGAAGUAAUCAAUUGAUUGUUAAAAUAUAUCAAUUUGCUAUAUAGUUUAGAAUUUUAUACCACUACAUUUACUUUUUUAUAAGUAUUUUAAUUUGUAAUUAUGUAAUAUCACUAUUAAAUAUUUGAAUGUAUAGCAAAUAUCAUUAUGUUCGCAGGACACUUUUGUUGUAGUCAUCAAAAAUAUGUUAUUCUUUUGAUACUAUGUGCUAUUGUUAUAGAAGUUUAAAAAUCCAGAAAAAACAUUAGACAGUUGUGUAUAAAUAAAAAAUAACUUUACCUGGGGUAGCGGAA